AUGAAGAGUGCGAACAGACCGACAUCCGCGAAUUAUAACCCGCGAGAAAUUGCAAGGCGGCUGGAGCACACGUUGUAUAUGGGAGCACCUUCAAAACAAGAGUACAGCAAUGUCCAAACUCUGAAGGCGCGACUUCAACAAGCAUUGGAUAACUCGAGGCGGCGGCAAAUGCAGCAGCAACAGGCAAGGUUACAACAGCAACAGCUCCAAUCGCCAGGUGCAUCUGCAGAUGCUGUUCAGCAACAAACUCAAGCUCAGUUGCUUCAGCAGCGGCAAAUGGCGCUACUUCAGAGACAGCAGCAGCAACAAAUGGCCGCAGCGCUGCACAACCAACGAGCUAAUUUCCAAGCUGUGCCGUUCCCUGGAGCGUCAGCGCCGAUGAGCCAGGCCUCCGUUAACCAGCCACUCCAGAUGCCCGUGAGCAUGUCACAAAUGGCAGUGAAGACACCUGGAUCUAUCGCGACUGCAAGUACGACUCCAGGUACCGUGACUUCAUCCACCAACAAUGGAGCUGCAUGUGCUUCGAUUUUGGACGAGCUGGAACGUGAAGCAGAUGAAAUGGCGAACGGUGUGAACGACCAGCCACUUUCAAUGCCCGAGUCUGAACUCAAGGCUGUGACAACUCCGACUGGUGCACUGAAUGCUGCGAAUGGCAACAACUUCGUGAAUGUUACGCCCACAGUGGCUUCGCCAACUGUAGUUGGAAGCGUCGACGCGGGUGCGUUUAACGCAGUUCCGCUGAGUAUGCCUCCCGAGAUCAGUGCCAGUAUGGCCUCUCCUGCAGCGGGGCCAUCUGCGGCGUUGGCGCAACCAACUCCUGCGAUGGUUAGUGCCGCUCCAACGACUUCUACUGCCGCUGCAACUAAUAUGUAUCACGGCAUGAAUCUAACGGGGCCGCAAAUCCAGCAGAUUCAGCAGAUUCAGCAAAUGCAGCAGCUCAGGCGGAUGCAGCAGCUUCAACAGCUCCAGCAACAGCAAUUGAACGGAAAAGUUAGCGCUGCUCAGCUACAGGCUAGUGCGACUGUGCCGACCAGCGGUACUUCGACGACACCAACAUCUGCAGCAGCUACGGGAAAUGGAGUCACGCCUGGGAUGAUUCAGAUGAACGAAGUGUCAAUUGCUCAGAAGCGAGAAGAACUCAAGCGACGACUGAUCCAGUUGAAGCACGCUCGAACUUGUACAACUGGGGAAUGCACGAUCGACUACUGCAGUCGCACGAAGGCGUUGCUGUCACAUGUGUCACGAUGCGCGAACGCUCAGUGCACAACGCUCGGAUGCAAAUCGACCCGACAAUUGCUUUCUCACUUUCGCAAAUGCCGGAAUCUGCAGUGCGAUGUCUGCAGUGCUAUUCGCCCCCCGAUGAAUGAGAACGAGCAGCAACUGGUACUUCGACGACAGCAGGAGCGGCUUUGUAUGCUACGCCAUGCCAGUACUUGCACAGCCCAACAGUGCAUCCUUCCGUACUGUGCAGGAAUGAAAGUACUGUGGAAACACAUUUGCGAGUGUCACCAGCGGCAGUGCCGAACGGAUCACUGUAUUUCUUCACGCUACGUACUUUCGCAUUUCAAGCAAUGCAACAAGAUGAUCUGUGAAGUGUGUGGGCCUGUGCGGAAAGCUAUCAAGGUGGUUGACUCUUGCCGGGGAAAUCCUGCUCAACUUCAACUGGCGGCAAGUCAGUGCCCGGAUGCUGUGCGGGGCCUAAUCAAGAUCAUGAAUACUACCACUGCUGCG